CGAAAAGCGAGGAUUGGAGACACCGAAAAACGAAACGAUUUUCUCGCAGCGCUUCUUGGAGGCCACGAUCCGCUGCAGAUCAGUCUGGUAACGACAUCCGACGCGAGUGGACGCGACAAACUAUCCCGGGAGUGUUAAGUGACGAUUCGAGCUUGAAUAAGCGCUUAAAAGCCCUUUGGUUGAAUUUUUCUGGUGGUACCCCUUGUGAGAAGACCUUUCGUAUUCAGUGGUUUUUAAGUGGUGUUUGGAAUCCGGCACUGGAAGUUUCGUUGGGACCCAACUACGUACGGUUUGGAAGCCUUGUGACUAGAGUGUGACCGUGUUAACUGCAGUGCUCUUGAAGGGUACAGCAAGAAGCUAAUUGAAAACAAAAGUGAACAAUUUGGAAGAGCACGAUCCGGGUUUCGUUCCGACACGGUGUAAUUACCUGGCUGGGAAAAGUGUCUCGUGAUGCUGUGGAUGGCUCACGGAAAGAUGAAACUCGUUUGCAUUUUUGCGCUUUUAUUGGCGCUGGUUUCGGCUAGCUCCCCUGUUAGCGACGAAUCCAAAGACGUCGAAGCGGAUGUCAAACGAAUACGGAUAGAUCCGGCCUUGCGGAAGGCACUACUACGUGCCCUGCGACACCUCAAGGAACGCCAGGAGGAGAGUGAAAGCGAGAGCGAGAGUGAACAACAGUACGACUCCAACACUACUGAAGAAAACUUCGCAACCACCAUUCUGGACGAGCUGCUCGAGGAGAGCACAACUCGCGAUCGCAACAUCAAGUAUCACACUUUUACGGCCGAUCCGGACAACAGUUCCAAUGGUGAAAACGAAAUCAUCAAAACGAUCAUCAUAACCAAGCCCAAGACGACUCUGUCGCCGCCUAAGGAAGAUCCUCUGACCAUUCCGGAUCCUAUCAAGGACCUGGACAACGACCUUAACACAAACCAAGUGGUUCGCAGCGUUUCGUCCGGAUCGAGUAACCAACUCCAGGAAGAUGAGAAGGUCUCUAUCGUGACGGCCAUUCCCAGCAGCAGUACGACUUCUCAGGCGACGCCACCUGCCACGACCACCACGACCGCUGCUCCGACAACGACAGUCAAGCUUCCGACUCACAACGCCGAUGGAGAAAACAUCGAACGAGUCAAAAGCGGAGACGUCAAGAUCUACCAGGCUCCACUAGUGGCCGCUUUCACCGUACAGCAAGACCAACGGGGCAUCCCCCACAAUGUGAUUCCUCUGCUACAGAGCCUUCCCAAGAACAUUCCCGUUGAUUUCCGACCAUCAACCCCAGCUGCCGCGACCACCCCUACACCUACUCAAGUCCCCGUAGCACCGAACCCCACACAACCCUCUGCCACCGUUGCUCCGAUCCCUCUGAACACCAAGGCACUCGAAGAAAAAACUCGUCUUCUGGAACAACAGCUCAUAACCCUCCAGACCCAGCAGCGCAUCCAAGAGCAGCUCCUCCGAUCAAAGAUCCUCCAAGAGCAGCAGAUCAUCCUCCAACAACAGCAGCAGCUCCAACAUCAACGUGCUCGCCUUGAGGAAGAAACGCGCCAACGUCUGCAAAAGUUCGAAGAGGAACAACGCCUCUUCCGUCAGCAACAGCAACAACUCCAGCAGCAACAACAACAGCUCAAGUUCCAACAGCAGCAACAACAACUUUUCAAACCCUUCCCCAACCAACAACUUCCCAACAACCUCCCACCACCACAGUUCCAGCAACUGCUGCAACAACCUCAGCAACAGCAGCAACCACAGCAACAACAGCAACCCAAACCCGUCAUUCUCCCGCAACCUCAACAGCAGCAAUUCUUCCAAGAGCUCCCACGCAACACCCCGGCCGUCCAGUUCAUCCCCAGCGUGUCUCUACCCAGCAAACCCAUCCCGAUCUCCGUGGAACAACAGCUUCCGUUCAAGGAAGCCGUCAACUUCCAGUCGAUCCUUCCCCGAAACCCCGACAUCGAACAAAUCAAAUCCCUCAGCCAACCCCUCCAGCAGUUCCCCAUCAUCCCGCCAUCGCCGCCGCAACUCUCCAAACAGCAACUGCUCCCCCUCAAACCGUUCCAGUCUUUCAACGUGAACCCCGCACCAGCUCCGCUCAACAUCCAACCACCGCUACCGAUCGAUCAGCAGCUCCCUCUACUCCAGCGCACCCGCGUUUUCCGCCAUGAAUCCGGAACCGGCAACUUCGGCUUCAACCAACCUGCCAACAUCCCGUUCCGACCUUCCCAACCGAUCCCGCUCGUGCAGCAGACCGGCGGAUUCCAACCCCUGCGCAACGAUAACCAACUCCAGAACCUCCUGGUCCAGUCCGGCAUCACGUCCCGCUCAGCCGAAGAUUUCAACAUCAUCACCAAGGUGCUGGCCCUGAACCACGGAAUCCCCCAAUCCUCCUCCCAGCAAAUGUUCGCCAAGCUCAGUCCCGAACAGCAGCAGCAGCUUCUGUUCCGAAAAAAGUAGGCCAUACCAUCCCAUCUUUUGACUCUCUUCUUCAACCGUUUCCCACAACCUCUAACCCCUGCCACCCCUGCAACACGCAUGAGAAUGAGUUCCGAUCGAUGUGAGUGACCGCCGUGAGUGAGAGCGAAAUGCGCACACGAGUGAAUGCGAGAGUCGCCAGUGACCUAGUCUGCCAUAUUUAUUGUGUGAGUGAGUGGAGAGCGCGUUUCUUAGCACACAACCUCACACCUUCAUUUCUGUCGUCGCUUUCCAAUUCCCCUCAUCUUCCUUAAUGUACCUCCUAACCAUUAUUGCUCAUUUGUUCUAUACGUGUACUAUCCCUCAUAUAUUCGUUCACCAAGUAAGUUAUUUUCUAGAGCCAGGAUAAGUAAGUUUAACGAAGCGCGACCGGAGGCGAAAAGUUCAUCAAAGCAAACGACACAGCGUUCUAUUUUCUGAUAGUAUAAGUUCAACCCUCCAUUGCCACGAAUGUAAUCCAGAUAAUCUAACACAAACACAAACUCACAUACCUACAACCACUACGGAUAGGCUGAUUGAUAAGAGUUGUAACACGCCACGUUUGGAUUGGCUGCAGUGCGUCACGCACAAUUUCCACAAGUAAGGAUUACUAAUAAUUUAUCGAAAAUAAAUGACACAUUUUUUAGUAAA